GUCAUUUUCUCAUAUAUACUUCACACAAAAGAAACAACCAUUCACUUCAUACCUUGUUCUUUCUUCUCUCUCCCUCUCCCUCCCCCCCCAUCCUCCUCCAUUCAUACAUCUCUGCAACUACUCCUUUCAUUUGAUCAUCAUCAGAGAAGAAAUUAAACCCAGAAUUCUCUCGCCUGAUCAUUCAAGUCCAGAGCAAGCCCUUGGCAAAGCCUGCCUAUAUCGAGCUCUAGAUUGUCUAGGAACACGAAGAAACCUAAAACGAUAAGGGAACAAGGAGAAGACAAAGGAGAUAAAGGGUUUUAGAGGGCUUGUUUGGUCGGAGAGAAAUGGAGCUAUUUCCGGCACAGCCAGACCUAUCUCUCCAAAUCAGCCCACCAAACAGCAAACCCACAACAAGUUGGAGAAGAAGUGCAGAAGAAGACAUGGAGUUGGGUUUUUGGAAGAGAGCCAUGGCCAAACCAGACGCUACUACUUGCUUUGAGCUCUCCCUUUCCAAUCCAAGGCCUUCUGAUCAGCCCAGCUCCAACCAUUUCCACCUCCUCCAAAAUGGCUCCACCGCAGCCACCAGUCUCCUCCACUCCUUUCACCAAAACCACCGCCAUCAGCAGCUGCAAAACCACCUCCUCCAGCCACCACAAAACCACCACCAACAACAACAACAGCAACAAGGGCUAAGUUCAGAGAUUGGUUUCUUGAGACCCAUAAGAGGAAUUCCAGUUUACCAAAAUCCUCCUCCUUUCCCAUUCUCUCAUCAUCAGCCUCUUGACACCUCUCUAUCUUCUUCCACCACCGCCAGCACCGCCGGUCACGGCGGCUUUCAGCCUCAAGGGCUUGUACGUUCGAGGUUUCCGUCAAGGUUUCCGGCCAAACGAAGCAUGAGAGCUCCUCGGAUGCGGUGGACUACUACUCUUCACGCUCGGUUCGUUCACGCUGUUGAGCUCUUGGGUGGUCACGAGAGAGCAACACCAAAGUCGGUUCUUGAGCUCAUGGAUGUUAAAGAUCUCACCUUGGCGCAUGUUAAAUCCCAUUUACAGAUGUAUCGGACAGUGAAGUCCACCGAUCGAGCGGUAGCUUCAUCAGGACAAUCAGAAGCGUAUGAGAAUGGAUCUUCAGGAGAUACUUCUGACGAUCUGAUGUUUGAGAUUCGAAAACCCAGAAAGCCUGAACUCUCAGUUCAACAGGGAAGACCAAGUCCGCAUCAAGAAAAGGAUUAUCAUGGCCUUUGGAGCAACUCUUCAAGCAGGGAAGCUUGGUUGCAUGGCAAACCGAGGGAUUGUGGAGGAAAUAAACCAUUUGUUGAGAAGGAAAUGGAUCCAAAGAUGUCAAGCUAUGAAAGAAUAUCAGAGGGUAGUUCUUCAAACCUUUCAGAAACAAGCCCCAAGAAGCCCAAUCUGGAAUUCACUUUGGGCACACCAAACUGAUGAUGACCAAAAUAUAUGUGUACAUAUAUCUUCGUGGGUUACCACUACUCAUUUUGAAAUCAUUAUAUCUCUGAAGAGGGUUGCUGCUGGUAUAUAAAGAGAAUCAGGUACCCACUGGUGAAAUGAGAGUGAGAGAGAGAGAGAGAGAGGAAGGAAAAGAAGAGAAAGUAGAAAAAAGAAGAGGAAAAAGAGAGCUAAAGAACGACAAGAAGACAAGAAAGACAAAGCAACAAAAGUAGAAGGCUGGGAAAAAGCAUGUUUUGCAAAGCUGUAUGAGAUUCAUAUCAGCAUAUUAUAUUCCUACGUAAAUAUGCAAUCUAAUUGAUUUUGCAUGUUCUCCACCUAGUUUUAGAGAGAGAGAGAGAGAGAGAGUGAACUAUAUGUUAAAAGGGAUGAGAGGAUCCUUGGUAAUUGUAAUGGAACACUUUUUACAUUUUACAAAAGAUACAUAUUUUUACCAAA